GCUCCGGGGCGGGCUCCGCGCACCGGAGUUGGGGCGGGGGGGAAGCGGUUGGCUGCGGGAGGGAGGCCGGCGACGCCGGGAGGGAGGCACUCAUGAAAUGGCCACAGAUGAUAAUUCUUCCCCAGCCCUGGACUCUGCUAAUGAUUUGCCUCGGUCUCCUACUAGUCCCUCUCGUCUCACACACUUUAAACCUUUGACUCCUGAUCAGGAUGAACCACCUUUUAAGUCAGCAUAUAGUUCUUUUGUAAAUCUUUUUCGAUUUAACAAAGAGAGAGGAGAAGGGGGCCAAGGAGAGCAGCAGUCUCCAAGUGGAAGUUGGUCCAGCCCUCAACUCCCUUCCAGGGCACAAUCUGUGAGGUCACCUGUACCUUACAAAAAGCAGCUGAAUGAGGAACUUCAGCGUCGCUCAUCAGUAUUAGAUACAAGAAGGAAACCGGAACCUACCUUUGGAGGUCAUGAUCCUCGUACAGCUGUUCAGCUUCGAAGCCUCAGCACAGUAUUAAAACGUCUCAAGGAAAUCAUGGAGGGGAAAAGCCAGGAUAGUGACCUGAAGCAGUACUGGAUGCCAGAUAGCCAAUGUAAAGAGUGCUAUGACUGCAGUGAAAAAUUUACAACCUUUAGGCGCAGACACCACUGCCGUCUCUGUGGGCAGAUUUUCUGCAGUCGUUGCUGUAACCAAGAAAUCCCUGGGAAAUUUAUGGGCUAUACAGGGGACCUUCGAGCUUGUACAUAUUGUAGAAAAAUAGCUUUAAGUUAUGCACAUUCUACAGAUAGUAACUCCAUUGGAGAAGACCUGAAUGCUCUUUCUGAUUCUGCUUGUUCUGUCUCUGUACUUGAUCCAAAUGAGCCCCGAACACCUGUUGGCAGUAGAAAAGCCAGCCGGAACAUAUUCUUAGAGGAUGAUUUAGCCUGGCAAAGUUUGAUUCAUCCAGACACCUCAAAUACUGCUCUCUCCACAAGACUUGUUUCUGUUCAAGAGGAUGCGGGAAAAUCUCCUGCUCGAAACAGAUCAGCCAGCAUUACUAACCUGUCACUGGAUCGAUCUGGUUCUCCUAUGGUACCCUCAUAUGAGACAUCUGUUAGUCCCCAGGCUAACCGAACAUAUCUUCGGACAGAGACCACAGAGGAUGAACGAAAAAUUCUUCUGGACAGUGUUCAGUUAAAGGAUCUGUGGAAAAAAAUCUGUCAUCACAGUAGUGGAAUGGAGUUUCAGGAUCACCGCUACUGGCUGCGUACACAUCCUAACUGCAUAGUAGGAAAGGAGUUAGUCAACUGGCUAAUCCGAAAUGGACACAUAGCCACAAGGGCACAAGCUAUAGCAAUUGGACAAGCAAUGGUUGAUGGUCGUUGGUUGGAUUGUGUUAGUCAUCAUGACCAGCUUUUUAGGGAUGAGUAUGCAUUGUACAGGCCUCUGCAGAGUACAGAAUUUUCUGAGACGCCUUCUCCAGACAGUGACUCAGUGAACUCUGUGGAAGGACAUUCUGAGCCAUCCUGGUUUAAAGACAUAAAAUUUGAUGACAGCGACACAGAACAGAUAGCUGAAGAAGGUGAUGAUAAUUUGGCUAAUUCUGCCAGUCCUAGCAAGCGCACCUCAGUCAGCAGUUUCCAGUCCACAGUGGACAGUGACUCAGCCGCUUCUAUCAGCCUGAACGUGGAGCUGGACAACGUGAACUUCCAUAUCAAGAAGCCCUCCAAGUACCCACAUGUGCCCCCUCACCCUGCUGACCAAAAAGAGUAUUUGAUUUCUGACACUGGAGGACAACAGCUCUCAAUAAGUGAUGCCUUCAUCAAAGAAUCCUUAUUUAAUCGUCGAGUAGAAGAAAAAUCCAAAGAACUGCCUUUCACACCUUUGGGCUGGCAUCAUAACAACCUGGAGCUUCUAAGAGAGGAAAAUGGGGAAAAACAAGCAAUGGAGAGAUUGCUUUCAGCCAAUCAUAACCACAUGAUGGCACUACUCCAGCAGUUGCUCCAUAAUGAGUCAUUGUCAUCAUCUUGGAGGGACAUCAUUGUGUCACUGGUCUGCCAGGUUGUGCAAACAGUUCGACCUGAUGUUAAGCACCAGGAUGAUGAUAUGGAUAUACGUCAGUUUGUUCACAUCAAAAAGAUCCCAGGUGGAAAGAAAUUUGAUUCUGUGGUUGUCAGUGGCUUUGUUUGUACCAAGAACAUCGCACAUAAAAAGAUGAAUUCUUGUAUUAAGAAUCCCCAAAUUCUUCUGUUGAAGUGUUCCAUUGAGUAUCUCUACAGAGAAGAAACUAAAUUUACUUGCAUUGGUCCUAUUGUGCUUCAGGAAAGAGAAUUUUUGAAGAAUUAUGUUCAACGAAUCGUUGAUGUUCGACCUACAUUGGUUCUAGUUGAGAAAACAGUGUCUCGAAUUGCCCAGGAUAUGUUGUUGGAACAUGGCAUUACUCUGGUCAUUAAUGUAAAGUCACAAGUUUUAGAACGGAUCAGCCGGAUGACACAAGGUGAUUUAGUGAUGUCCAUGGACCAGCUACUCACGAAACCUCAACUGGGUACUUGUCACAAAUUUUAUAUGCAGAUAUUUCAGCUGCCUAAUGAACAAACCAAAACGCUGAUGUUUUUUGAGGGCUGUCCCCAGCACCUGGGUUGUACAGUUAAGCUCAGAGGAGGUUCUGAUUAUGAGUUGGCUCGAGUUAAAGAGAUCCUAAUAUUUAUGAUAUGUGUAGCUUAUCAUUCUCAACUCGAAAUCUCCUUCCUCAUGGAUGAAUUUGCUAUGCCUCCUACAUUAAUGCAGAGCCCUUCAUUCCAUUCUCUUAUUGAGGGACAAGGGGAUGAGGAGGCCACACAGGAGCAGUGUAGCGGAAGCUCCCUCCCCCGGGAUCCUGACUGCUUUCCUGACUCUCUGUCCUCUGAUGAUAGCAAUUUUCUGGAAUCAAGGAUUACCUUUGAGAAGAGUGAGCAAGAAAAUAAAAGUGUUCCACAGGCUGUUAAUUCUUUGAAGCACCAAGAAUAUGCCACCGCUACUUGCCCAGCAGGAAUCCCCUGUGCUCUCUUUCAAUCAGUACCUGAAUCAUUAUUGCCAGUCCACGUGGACCAACAGGACACUGUAGUCAGUGAACAGCCAGAGACUUUGCGUCCAACAGAUGAUCAACAGGAUCCCAAAAGCCAGAUGAGAGCCUUUCGAGACCCUCUACAGGAUGACACUGGAUUGUAUGUUACUGAGCAAGUCACCUCCUGUGAAGAUAACCGGAAGACUUAUUCUUUGGCCUUUAAACAGGAAUUAAAAGAUGUGAUCCUCUGUAUCUCCCCUGUUAUAACAUUCCGGGAACCUUUUCUUUUAACUGAAAAGGGGAUGAGGUGCUCUACUCGAGACUAUUUUCCAGAGCAGAUUUAUUGGUCUCCUCUUCUCAAUAAAGAGGUCAAAGAAAUGGAGAGCAGGAGGAAGAAACAGCUGCUUAGGGAUCUCUCUGGACUUCAGGGUAUGAAUGGAAGUGUCCAGGCCAAGUCUAUUCAAGUCUUGCCCUCUCAUGAGCUACUGAGCACCAGGAUUGCUGAGCAUCUGGGUGAUAGCCAGAGUUUGGGUAGAAUGCUGGCUGAUUAUCGAGCCAGAGGAGGAAGAAUUCAGUCAAAAUAUUCAGACCCUUUUGCUCACUCAAAGGAUGCAUCAGGUACUGCAAGUUGCAAAUCAGGAAACAAAACUGAGGGUGAUGAAGAGAGAGGGUUCAUUCCAGGUGAUGCAGUGUGGUCGACAAAGGUGGAUUGUCUGAAUCCUGCUAACCACCAGAGGCUGUGUGUGCUCUUCAGCAGCUCAUCUGCCCAAUCCAGCAAUGCUCCCAGUGCCUGUGUCAGUCCUUGGAUUGUAACAAUGGAAUUUUAUGGAAAGAAUGAUCUUACAUUAGGAAUAUUUUUAGAACGAUACUGUUUCAGGCCUUCUUAUCAGUGCCCUAGCAUGUUCUGUGAUACCCCUAUGGUGCAUCACAUUCGGCGUUUUGUCCAUGGCCAAGGCUGCGUGCAGAUAAUCCUAAAGGAGUUGGAUUCCCCAGUACCUGGAUACCAGCAUACAAUUCUCACAUAUUCUUGGUGCAGAAUCUGUAAACAGGUGACACCAGUUUUUGCUCUAUCCAAUGAAUCCUGGUCUAUGUCAUUUGCAAAGUACCUGGAACUUAGGUUUUAUGGGCACCAGUACACACGGAGAGCCAAUGCUGAGCCCUGUGGUCACUCUAUCCACCAUGAUUAUCACCAGUAUUUCUCUUACAACCAAAUGGUGGCAUCAUUCAGUUAUUCUCCCAUCCGGCUUCUUGAAGUAUGUGUUCCACUCCCCAAAAUAUUCAUUAAACGUCAGGCUCCAUUAAAAGUGUCCCUUCUUCAGGAUCUCAAGGACUUCUUUCAGAAAGUUGCACAGGUAUAUCUAGCUGUUGAUGAAAGACUUGCAUCUUUGAAAACUGAUACGUUUAGCAAAACAAGAGAGGAAAAAAUGGAAGAUAUCUUUGCACAAAAAGAGAUGGAAGAAGGUGAGUUCAAGAACUGGAUUGAGAAGAUGCAAGCAAGGCUUAUGUCUUCCUCUGUAGAUACCCCUCAGCAACUGCAAUCCAUCUUUGAGUCUCUCAUUGCCAAGAAACAAAGCCUCUGUGAAGUGUUACAAGCUUGGAAUAACAGGUUGCAGGACCUUUUCCAACAGGAAAAAGGCAGAAAGCGGCCUUCAGUUCCUCCAAGUCCUGGAAGACUGAGACAAGGGGAAGAAAGCAAGAUAAGUGCAAUGGACACAUCUCCACGGAAUAUUUCUCCAGGACUUCAAAAUGGAGAAAAAGAGGAUCGCUUCUUGACUACCCUAUCCAGUCAGAGUUCCACCAGUUCUACCCAUCUCCAUUUGCCUUCUCCACCAGAAGUCCUGGCUGAGCAGUCUGUAGGAGGACCUUCUGAACUUGACACAGCCAGUGGUUCUGAAGAUGUGUUUGAUGGACAUUUGUUGGGAUCCACAGACAGCCAAGUAAAGGAAAAGUCCACCAUGAAAGCCAUCUUUGCAAAUUUGCUUCCAGGAAAUAGCUAUAAUCCUAUUCCAUUUCCUUUUGAUCCAGAUAAACACUAUUUAAUGUAUGAACAUGAACGGGUACCCAUCGCAGUCUGUGAGAAAGAACCCAGCUCCAUCAUUGCAUUUGCUCUCAGUUGUAAAGAAUACCGAAAUGCCUUAGAAGAAUUGUCUAAAGCAACUCUGUGGAACAAUGCUGAAGAAGGGCUUCCAACAAAUAGUGUUUUAGAUAGCAGACCAAAGAGUAGCAGUCCUAUUAGAUUACCUGAAAUGAGUGGAGGACAGGCAAAUCGUACAGCAGAAGCAGAACCACAACCAACAAAAAAGGCUUCUGGAAUGUUGUCUUUCUUCAGAGGGACAGCGGGGAAAAGCCCUGAUCUGUCUUCACAGAAGAGAGAGACCUUACGUGGAGCAGAUAGUGCUUACUACCAGGUUGGGCAGACGGGCAAGGAGGGCAUGGAAAAUCAAGGCAUUGAGCCCCAAGAUGAAAUAGAUGGAGGAGAUACACAAAAGAAACAACUCACAAAUCCUCAUGUAGAACUUCAAUUUUCUGAUGCUAAUGCCAAGUUUUACUGCCGUCUGUACUAUGCGGGAGAGUUCCAUAAGAUGCGUGAAGUGAUUCUGGGCAGCAGUGAGGAAGACUUCAUCCGCUCCCUAUCCCACUCCUCCCCCUGGCAGGCUCGAGGGGGCAAAUCGGGAGCUGCAUUCUAUGCCACGGAAGAUGAUAGAUUCAUUUUGAAGCAAAUGCCUCGUCUGGAAGUCCAGUCUUUCCUCGACUUUGCACCACACUACUUCAAUUAUAUUACAAAUGCUGUGCAACAAAAGAGGCCUACUGCUCUGGCCAAAAUUCUUGGAGUUUACAGAAUUGGUUAUAAGAACUCUCAGAACAACACUGAGAAGAAGUUAGACCUCCUUGUCAUGGAAAAUCUUUUCUAUGGGAGAAAGAUGGCUCAGGUUUUUGAUUUGAAGGGUUCACUUAGGAAUCGAAAUGUAAAAAUGGACACUGGGAAAGAGAGUUGUGAUGUGGUCCUGCUGGAUGAAAAUCUCCUAAAGAUGGUUCGGGACAACCCUCUGUAUAUUCGUUCUCAUUCUAAAGCUGUACUGAGAACUUCCAUCCACAGUGACUCUCAUUUCCUUUCCAGCCACCUCAUUAUAGAUUAUUCUUUGCUGGUUGGGCGAGAUGAUACAAACAAUGAGCUGGUAGUUGGAAUUAUAGAUUAUAUUAGAACAUUUACAUGGGACAAAAAGCUUGAGAUGGUUGUGAAAUCAACAGGAAUUUUAGGUGGACAAGGUAAAAUGCCCACUGUAGUCUCUCCAGAGUUGUAUCGGACUAGGUUUUGUGAAGCAAUGGACAAGUAUUUCCUCAUGGUACCAGACCACUGGACAGGGUUGGAUCUGAAUUGCUAAAAUCUAACACAUCAUUUGAAAUAGACUAUGAUACAAAGACCUUUCAGUGUCAUGAGUCUUUAGACUGUUUAAACAGAAGGGUACAAACUCCAUUAAUUUGCUCUUUGUUUUUUGAUGCCUUCAAAUUAAACUGUCCAUAGAUUUGGAAGCUGUCUGACAUAUUCACACUUAAGCUAAAUCCAGAUCCAUCUCAAAUGGCAAAGAUUAGAGACCAGAAGAUACAAUGAAAAACUGAGUUCCUGUAAUUUGCUAACUGAAUUGUUUGAAGAAGCAAACACUAUCUUAAAUAGGUUGUGACUGUCCCUGUAACUCUCACAUUUCACACAUUCUUUACCUAGAAAGCAUUUGUAGCACUGUUGAAUUUGGUGUAUGUUUCAUAUCUAAUAAUUUAAUGUUAUAUAUUAUUAGGAGUUCUGAAAUCUUAAAAAAAUAACUGUUUCAUUUGUUAAUGUGAUGUUAAACAGGAUAGCCCUGUUUUUUAUUGAGAAAUUUGGCUUAAGUUGAGAAUCCUGCCAUGUUCUGAAUGUCCCAGCUUCAAGUGUAUGUGGUAUAUUAAAAUUCUAUCUUCUCAGUAGGUGAUGAGAAUUACACUAUUAAUUUUACACCCCCUUUAUGUUGGAGUAAUUCUUAAAAGCUUGUUGUUAAAAAGCUUAUUUUGUGUAAUUAAUAUGUUAAAUGCACUUAUCUGCAAGUGCUCAGUUUUUAGGUUUCUGUUUUUUCUCUCUCAUUUUCAGGGAAGCGUAAUAAAUGAGUCUAGAAUUACUGAAUCCCUAAAGGAUUUUAAUUAAUAAAGCAUUUUUUAAUGUAAAAAAAAUCAGACCCAAUUCAGGAAAUUGGAUGAGAAGGAAGCACUUAGUUGCUUCUAACCAUAGUAAGUAUCUUUCAGCACAACCAGCAAUUUAAGUGGUGGCUAGAGUUACAAAAGUCUAUUCUGUGGACAUAACUGCUUUUUAAUUUUCUGUACAUUGACCUGGUUCUGCUAUUCAGAAAUUUCAAUAUAUAAGGUUAUUCUUAGUAAGGAACUUCUUUUUUGGGGGGAGGGGGGUCCGGUCAUGGGGCCUGAAC